AUGUCGAUGACACUUGCUACCACGUGGGUGAGGAGAGGGGCUGCUGCUCAGUUUCCCACCAAAUACAAUGUCGACGAAGCAGAACUGAGCCGCAUCUCUAAACUUGCCCGCCUUCAACUGGAAGAUGCGCAGCAGGAUCUUUUGGACGCGCAAAAUCCGAAAGCGGAAGAUGUGUCGGAAGACGAGGAUUCAGAUGCCGGAGUGCCCACAGGAGAAGCUGCAGACACUGCUAAACCAACUACGACCGACGCUGAUGACCUACGAGAAUAUAACCUUGACGAUUAUGACAACGAUCCUGUCGACGAACAAGGCCAGAAAUUCUCCAUGUUUGGCAACGUCGGCUCAUUAGCUUAUCAUGCGCCACAUGAGGAGGAUCCAUAUAUCGUGUUGCCAGAGGGAGAAGAAGAGUCAGAAGAUGAAAGAGAAGAGUUGCAGAUAUUGCCUACGGACAACUUAAUACUGGCGGCUAAGGUAGAAGACGAGGUUGCGCAACUAGAAAUCUUCGUGUAUGAAGAUGAAGCCGACAAUCUAUACGUCCACCACGACAUCAUGCUGCCUGCUGUGCCUCUGUGUGUUGAAUGGGUCAACGUCCCUGUGGGUAAAGACGCGGAAACGAGGUCAGACGGGAACUUUGUGGCAAUUGGGACCAUGAACCCAGAGAUCGAGAUUUGGGAUCUCGAUGUUGUCGAUAGUAUGUAUCCUAAUGCCAUACUAGGUCAAGAGCCACAAGAGCACCCGGAGGAUCCAGAGCCCAACGGAGAAAGCUCAAAAAGCAAGAAGAAAUCGAAAAAGAAGAAAAAGAAGGCAAAGGCCAAUGAUGACUACCAUGUCGAUGCGGUGUUGGCCUUGGCUGCAAAUCGGCAUCAUCGAAAUCUGCUUGCUUCGGCAUCAGCAGACAAGACUGUGAAACUGUGGGACUUGAAAACUGGCAAGUGUGCCAAAUCAUACACAAUGCACAGCGGCAAGGUGUGCGCCUUGGACUGGCAUCCAACCGAGUCAACUAUCCUCUUGAGUGGGAGCUACGAUCGGACUGUCGUUGCCACGGAUAUGAGAGCUCCCGAUGCCGCGGCUCCGAAAUGGGUCGUCGAGGCAGACGUCGAGAAAGUGAAAUGGGACAUCCAUGAUCCUAAUUUCUUCUUCAUCACGACCGAAGCCGGCACCGUCCACUACUUUGAUGCCCGUACCGUUCCCACAUCUCACGACAAGCCGAGCAAACCUGUAUGGACAUUACAGGCCCACGACGGGCCUGUCAGUGCAUUUGACAUUAGCCCUUCGGUACCCGGCCUUCUGGUGACAGGAUCAGAGGACAAGAUGGUCAAGAUAUGGAACGUCGAGAACAACAAACCCGCAAUGGUUAUUUCGAGGAAUCUUGAUGUUGGGCGGAUAUUCUCAGCGCAGUUUGCCCCAGAUCCUGAGGUUGCCUUCAGGCUAUCCGUGGCGGGAAGCAAGGGGCGGCUGCAAGUAUGGGACAUCAGCACCAAUCCGAGCGUGAGAAAGGUUUUUGCUGGUAGAGUCCAAUUGCCAGAGACGGACGGCAAAGAGAGAUUGGUUGGCGCAAAUCUGAGUGACGACGAGAGCGAAGAUGAAGAGGGAGAGGAGGAGGCUGGAGAAGGGGUGCAAGAUGGUUGGGAAUCUAUGGAUGAAGAUUAA